AUGACUCCCCACGCCUCCUCGCCUGCUGCACAUGGAAACUGUUCCUUCCCAUCAGGCUUUGGGGCAGGAAGUGGGUGUGGUGUUAUUUGUGUGUCCGGGCUCAUGCUGUUUCCCUCUUCCUCCCCCUCUUUCUUCAAAACCCAGAGGAUCUCACACACUUCGUCAGAAUGCGACGGCUGCUUUGAUCCGGGCCCUGACCUGAUCUCCAUGAGGGACGAGACUCAGGGGGUCCCGCACUCGUAA